UAAGGUGGCGAGGGCGCAUGCGCAAAUCUUUCCUGCUGCAGAAGUAGCUAGGAAGUUUGCUGGAGGAGCAUCAAACUUUUCUCCGGCUUUUACCGGGCUUUCUCCCUUCUGUUCCAGGUGCGGACCAAGCGAGCCUCCGCCAGAGAGACGCGACCGUGGGAUUCUAAGGGCUGCUGGUAGGUGUGGCGAGAAACUUGUCUCCUCCCUUUGAACGCCAGCCUGUCUUUGCAGCACUAUAGACACAUGGCAGGGAGCCCGCUGCCGCCAAAACGGCAGGUGGAAAAAGAGACCCAGAGGGUGCUGGAAGCAUUCCUGCAAAGGGCGCUAAGAAAUGGAGAGGCGGAGUCCCUAGGUCACGUGGGCGGGAGUUAUCAUGAUCCUACAAGUUACAUGCACAGCUCCCCAACAGAACACUCCCAGGAUUGUCCAGCCUGGAGCUCUGUCCAUGAGGAAAAUAACUGCACCGAUGAAAAAAAGCAUAGCUUCCGCACCAGCAUCAAGCGUCUACUGCAUCGGCGGCCUAGUCCGCGGACCCCACCGGACAACGGGCCUUCUUCUACGGGCUCCUUAAAGAGGUCCAAGGCAGGAGGGGAGGUUGGGGAAGGGGGCCGCCAGAAGCGUUCCUUCUCCCUCAAGAAAAUCCUGCGGAAAAAGGGGUCUUCCUCAGGGGAGACAACAAGCCCCGGUGGGACUCUCCAGCGCCCCGACUCCCUGCCUGUUGUCAACUGCUACUGUCAGAAACACCCGUCUGAGCAACUGGUGCCCCAAGGGAGUGGUGGGGAGGCUGAGAAUGCUGAGUUGUAUACCUUGGUGGCCCAGAAACUGGACCACUUGGUCAAGCAGCAACAGCUGACCAGCCCUUCGGUGGCCAGAAGCUUGCCUUUUCCCACAGAUGAAAUCGGCAUACUCCCCACGGGCGGCACGAUACCCAGCACUCCAGUUAUUUCGGAGGAGCUGCCAGGAGACUUGGAGGAGAAACAGAAAGAGCAAAUCCUCCAGAAACUGGUUGCCCUUCUGGAAGAGAAGGCCGGAAUCAUCAAUAAGGAGAUUGAGGCCGACCCAUUGCUACGCAACACCUUAUCUCGCUUGUCCUACCGCAGCUUCUCUCGCCUGGCCGAGGCCUUCACCUCACGUGCCCCCCCUGGUCUCCCCAGCCCCCAGCUGGCUAAGCUGGCACUCACCAUGGAGCUCACGCGAAAAGUGGCUGGUAUCAACAGCCAUGCAGUACACACCCUCAUGGGCUACAGUCUCCAGUAUAUGGACAUGUUCGUGCCCUGGCUACAGCAGCAAGGUGGCUGGGAAAGCAUUGUGGCCCAGGAAGAGAUAUUUGAUCUGCAGCUUGACUAGCCAUUCUCCAUUACCAUGAGCCAAUGCCACUGCUCUUAAAACUGUGAUGAAGUAGAGAAUAUGCUCUUGAGACUUGUCUGGGCAAAGCUGACUAAUGGGUGGGCAUUCCCCCCCCCCCAAAGGUCUGUCAGGAAAGUCCCAUCUUCUCUCUCUAGCAGGGUAAAUGCCACUCAAGGAAAGUUAUGUCCUUGCAGCAAUGAUCAGAAUGUGACUUUUAAGCUAGCCUGGGGAUCUAGAAAUCCACACUAAUGAAUCCCAAACUUCUGGGCUUGGAAUAAAUGGCAGAAAUUGGUUUUAUUUUUAUUUUUUUGCACUAAUUGUUGCUGAUCUGUUCCUGCGGGAUUUGGAGUCCUGUUUUUAAAACUUGCCAAAGGAAAAUAAGAGUCAGAGAAAAAUAAGAUAGUUGAAAUAAGUUGGCAUUGGUAGGGAAUAGAGACUAUAAUGCAGAUGCUGCUCAUUGGAGGUGAGGUUGGUGGAGAUUCAAGGGUGGGGCCUUAUCACUGGUGACCCCUUAUCUUUGAAACGGCCUUCUAAAGGAAGCUUACCUGGUUCUGACUCUGUUAUCUUUUCAGCACCAGGUGAAAACAUUUUUUUUAAAGAAGGCUAUUUAGAUACUGUUUUUGUUCUGGUUUUGAUAUUUAAUGUUACUGUUCUGCCAUUUUGUUAUUAUUUAUUGUAUUGGGGGGGUUGCUUGUUUUUUUAAUUUUCUUGAUUUGUGAGCUCCUCUGAGGGGUUGAAGAGUAGGAUAUACAAAAUAAAUAAAUCCUAUGCAAAACUUGCUUGCAGAUGAGUUCAUAUGAAAACUCAGUGGCAUCAUCUUUCAAGACUGAGUUGCAAGGCUCUGAGAAUAUUGUAACCCUCAACUCAGGGAUUUGAGUAUGUUUACGUAGAGUACCAAUAGCUUAACGGAAGUAUUUCAAUGACUGAGAAACACAGUAUUUUUUAAAUAAAUAUUUUCAAUGAAAAUACAUAUUUCAA